AUGGACGUAGCGAAUACGCACCCCGAUCCGGUCAAUGUUGUACAGUCCCUUGUUCACGUAUUAUUGGGUGUUCUUGAUGCAACGAGAGAUCUAUUCGGAAUCCUCAAAUCUAAAGAGAAAAGGGACCAUGAAGAGAACAUAAAGCCAAGAGGAUAUCCUGAUUCGAGAAGGAUCAAGUAUGUUGACGAUGAAUCCGCUGUUGGCCACGAGUCAAUCACAUUAAAUAAGGCUGCUGUCAUACGAGAGUUCGAUAUUGGCUUCCAGGACCUUGGUACCCAAUUCGCCAUUGGUGAUGUUAUCACACAGACGGCACUCCAGUCACAGAUUAUAACACUCCAAUCCGUCCUCGUCAUGACCUUUCUUUACGGGCCUAUUUCCCCCCAACCAAUCUCACACCACAUUUCUAGCCUUCUGGCGGCCUCUCGCGCAGCAGGCACUGCUUCGGCCGACGUUCUUUCCGCACAACACUGGCGGCAACUCUCCACUUUACCACCAACCCUUCAAUCUACUCAUUCACCAGUCGCUCGCUGCGCCGUACAAUUAGCCCCUCUGUAUCCUAUCAUAGUACCCCCAGCUACCUCUGCCACUUCAACCGCGAUCGUCAAGUCACAUCACGAGAACUCAUGGUCGGAUUCUCACGUUCCAACGAAUCCUACGAUAUCAGGUCUUAUGAGUAGGCCAAAGGCCACAAGGUCAGACACCGAAUCAACAUCCUUCUCAGGACCAACUGCCUACGGUUCACAGAUCACUCCGCAUACUCUUUAUUGUCUUUACGCUUUGGAUCUUCAACGCCACCCGACCCAGCCUGUCUCCUCAACCAUCAAUUCCUCAUCUCCACACUGCCCAUACUGUAAACGCGACCUAAAUCUCUCCCCUGGAAAGUCUUGGGAAAUCUUCAAAGACGAUGAAGGCACAGAACACUGUUUCCACAUCAAGAAUCGCUUUGUAGUUAAGUGCCACAGAGAUAGUGUUAACGAGGGAUAUUCAUGUGUGAUUUGUUCGAGAAGUGGGAGUGUAGACACAGUCUGUGGCGAUGUAAAAGCUCUUAUUAGGCAUGUCUGGAUGGAUCAUGGGGUGGGGGAAAUGGAAUUGGAGGAGGACAUCGUGGAAGUUGUUGAGAAUGCUCUCGAGCGGAAGAAAGGUAGUGGGCUUGGGCUCCGUGACAUCAGAGGAAGGCGCGGUAGGAGUAUGAGUCUUGGAGCAAGACGUCGGACGGGGAAGGGCAAUUAUGAGAGAGAAGUUGAAAUCGUUGAGAUGAGGACUCCUCGUGGACGGGUGGUGGAACGCUAA